AUGUCAUCACAAAUGGAACACAUUUUGCAGGGUAAAGAAUAUUGUCAUCACGAAGAAGAACAGGAAGAAUUAAUACCCAAUAAUAAUACACUUCAAUCAAUGAUGAUCAUCUCGACCACAAUUAUUGUGGAGGAUAAAGAUGUUCACAAUCUUACUAUUCAUCAAUAUAGACAGGCACAAUUAGUCGAUAUUCAAUAUAAAUUAAAGAAAUUGAAGGGUGAAAGUUGCACUCCGAUCAUCAUUAUUAGACGUUGUAAUGGAGAGGAACUCCCAGAUUCGUACAAGCAAUCUGUUUUGCAUUGUUUUCAACACUUUUCUAGGAAUAUUAGAAUUUACUUUGAUGAAAUUGAAUCUUACUUACAGAGUUUUGGAGAUUUUGUUCACAGAGCAAUGAGGAAGAGGAAAUUAAUUCAAAAAGUACCAACAUUUGAUUCUAAUUAUCAAAUGCAAGUUUUACAGAAAACAAUAGUUAAAAUGUAUUUACAAAAGCCAUACCCAAUGGAAUUGGAAUCAUAUAAUGAUUAUCCUAUUUAUAUUCCUGUGGUGUGUAAUGGUGGAUUGCAAAACUUGUUUUCUUGUGUUGUUUGUGAAAUAGUGUACAAUGAGUUGAGACUGUACGAAACAAAUGGAAAUGAAUUAAUAUUGUGUAAUAGAAACUUUGCAGAUAAUUUAGCACUUCAAAAUCAAAGGAUAGGAAGUUGUCUUAUGAUAUUGAGUCCAAUUUGUUUUAGUGAAGCUAGAGUUAAUUGUAGUAUUAUUCCACAUGAUCUUUUCAUUGUUCUGAAUAACUACUAUACUCACAAGCUAAACACUUGCUAUUCGAAUUACUGGUAUUCUCUCUUGGAUAAGUAUUGUCCAAACCAAUCAGAACGUGAAAUCUUACAGUUCAACUCUAGAAAGUUCGAAUCCAUGGAUGAAGUUAAUUAUUAUAUUGAAACAACAUUUGCUGGCAAACAAUAUGAGAGAGAAGUGUUCAAUAUUCAUAACUUGGAUUUACCAGUGACAAUUCACCUUGAUGUAAACAUUUCCAGCAAGAUGUUGAGAUCCAAAAUAGUAGAAAAGAAACCAGGUAAUGAAUUUGAAAUUGCAGAAAGAGUAAGAUCAAUACUAAUUGAAAGAGAUUUGGGCUUUGAUUAUGGAUUUGUUGGAGAAACGUAUUCAACAAAAAAUACAGUAUCAUUAGAAAAUAGGUGGUGUUUAAUGCUCGAUGGCAUUAGAGAAUGGUUACCUGAUAACCAAAUCACUGAUAUGAAAAUUAAGAACUUGAUAAGAAGAAAGAAAAAGAUUAUUAUUUCCAGAAAUGCAGAGUUUACACCAAAAGAACGUUUGUACAAUUAUUUGAUAUCAAGCGCAUUUAUAUUGUGUUUCAUUUUCUUUAAGGAGAAUCACAUUGGAUUGGACGAAUUGACUGAUGAGAUAUGGGAGUAUAUUCUAAACCCUGUCUGUCAAUCACAUAAUGGAACAAUUUUCCACACUCUGCAACAGAGAGUUUUACAUCACACUAAUAUUCACAUCCUAAACUAUCAAAAAGAGGGCCUUUUUUUAGCAAGUUUUUCUUCAUAUUUUAGAAAGCAACCAUAUAGAUUCCUUUAUUAUAAUUUCCCUUCUUUAGAUAAUCCAAGAAGAAGGUCUAUGUCAUUUCCAAAAUCAAUGAUUCAUUAUGAUAUUGGUUUUCCAGACUUUAUCAACAUGUUUAAUUUUUCCAAUAUUCGUAACUACGAUAAGGAAUAUGAUAGAAUGAUGCUUAAUUCACUUUUAGGAGAAAUUCUGAGGAAGAGUAAGAAAAUAGGAUCACUUUCCAAUUCAUGA